AUGUUCACGCAAUGUUUGCUGGUACCAGGAAACGAACCAACAAUACAGACCGCUAAUAUCCCCCCAUUGGUCAAUCUGGGUGGCAUCAUGUUAAAUCCAACCACACACGCGGCAGUUGAAACUCAAUUUGCGAUCGAGUGCAUGCUGCCACUCCACUUCCGAAUGGAAAUCAAAGCAGUCAAAAAGAUUCCACCUGCCUACCUAGACUUCACUGUUCGUCUCCGCGAAGAGACCUUUGAUCACUACGAAGAGGCGCUUUAUGAACUCGCCCACACCCCUAUCCCACUUAGCUGUAUUUCAGUCAUCAUCUUCCCUUGUUUCACCUUCGAGGUGACAGGAGACUCUAAAAUUGAUACAAUGGAGCAAGUAUACUCUUCGACCUCCGCCGGUUACAUCCGGACUCGGGGUGAGUAUACACGGAAGUCUUUCGACAAGGUGGUCCGAGUGCUUUUUUCGACCCUCAGACAUCACAAUCUCAGCUCACUGGACCGCUUGUUCCCCAGACUCUGA